CCGGCCCCGCCGCCGCCGCAGCCCGGCCGCGCCCCACAGCCGCCGCCGCCAUGGGCUGCCUCGGAAACAGUAAGACCGAGGACCAGCGCAACGAGGAGAAGGCGCAGCGCGAGGCCAACAAAAAGAUCGAGAAGCAGCUGCAGAAGGACAAGCAGGUCUACCGGGCCACGCACCGCCUGCUGCUGCUGGGCGCUGGAGAAUCUGGUAAAAGCACCAUUGUGAAGCAAAUGAGGAUCCUGCAUGUUAAUGGGUUUAAUGGAGAGGGCGGCGAAGAGGACCCGCAGGCUGCAAGGAGCAACAGCGAUGGGUAG